AUGGGAAUCCACCCCUUCAUUAGGACCUCUUUACUCACACUAACAUGGAUCCCCGUUUUGUAUGAAUUCCAUGACCAUGCAUAUCAACCAUGCGAGAUCCGCGGUGCCUCAAUGGCCCCAACUCUUAACCCUGCUACAGAUUCGAUGAAAAAAGAUAUAGUUCUUGUCCAAAAAUUUAACGUAAGAAAACCAGGGUAUUUGAAGAGAGGAGACGUUGUGAUGCUCAGGUCACCAUCUGAUCCUGAGAAGCUCCUUGCGAAACGUGUGAUAGGUGUUCAAGGAGACACUAUCAUUCCAAGAGACCCUAAAUAUCCAAAGGAGAAAGCCUUAAUUCCACGCAACCAUUUAUGGGUUGAGGGCGACAAUCAGUUCCAUUCAAUUGACUCUAAUAACUUUGGUCCUGUGAGCCAGGGCUUGGUGGUUGGGAAAGUUACCAAUGUCAUAUGGCCAAUUCUGAGGUUUGGGUCUGAUGUGCUGAAAGGUGGUCGAAUGCUGAGUGCAUUUCUGCCGAUAUCAUCAGAAAGUUGA